GUCACCCAACGGCGGAGCGUUUAAACAUAAGGAGCGGGAGGAGGCGGCUGUUGUACCUCAGGGAUUGGUGAUGAGGUAAACAUUUGAAUAUUGGUCAGAAUGAGUUGGGCUGUGGAAGAAUGGAAGGAGGGGUUACCUACAAGAACACUCCAGAAGAUACAGGAGAUUGAGAGUCAGUUGGAUAAGCUUAAAAAGGAACGGCAGCAGCGACAGUUUCAACUGGAAUCAGUGGAAGCUGCAUUGCUGAAGCAGAAACAUAAGGUGGAACAUGAGAAGAAUGAAGCAUGUACUCUAAAGCGAGAGCAUCAAAGUCUAAUAGAAUCGUGUGAAAACCUUGAGAAAACCAAGCAGCGAAUUUCCCAUGAACUGCAGGUGAAGGAAUCGCAGGUUAAUUACCUAGAGGGCCAACUUGCAUCCAGCAAAAAACAUAUUGAAAGUCUUGAGCAAGAAAACAAGAGAUACAAAAAUGAACUUGAGCGAUGCCAGCAGAGCAUCAAGUCAGAAGAUGUGCAGAAUAAAUCACCACAAAGAACCUUUUCUAGAUCUGUCACCCCAAGUCAAAAUGCUGAUGAUUCAAAACUGGAGAAACUGCAAGAAAAAUACCAUAAAGAGGUGGAAGAAAGAAGAAGGUUGGAAGCCGAGUUAAAAUUAUUGCAAGUUAAGCAGACUAACCAAACACAGGCUCAAGGAACCAUAAGCCACCGAGAUAUUGCACGUCAGCAAACUUCUUCAUCUAUAUUUCCGUGGCAGCAAGAGCAGACUCCAAGCCAGGUGUCCUCCCGUUCUAUGGAAACACCACUGAAGAGGGGAUCGGCCCCUUUGAAUCUUCAAUGGGAUCUUGAUGAAUGGCAAGGAACUAAAUCAGUGCAGAAGACUGCACCUUCAAAAAGUCAAUUCAAUGACGGCACAAAUAGCUUCAAGCACGAGGAACAACUGAAAUCACAAAAUCAGGAACUGAAAGCUAAAGUAUCGGAACUGGAACUUCGAAUUCAAGCUCAGGAGAAAGAAGUUAAAAAUGAUCUCAACAGGCAACAAGAAAUUCAACUUCAGUUUGAGAAAACAAAAGCAGAUCUCUCUGAGAAAGUACACAACCUGAAUAAGUGUAGAGAUGAAUUGAACAGAGUAAUUACACAGCAUGAGCAGGUUACUGAUAAGUGUGCCAUCCUCGAGCAGAAAUUGAAGCAGGUGUCUGAUGAACUGAGCUGCCAGAGACAAAAUGCUGAUAGUACUCGACGCAACAUGGAACAAAAGUUAAGAGACAAGGAAAAAGAAUACCAGAAGGAAUUUGCUUGUCAACAGCAGUCCCUGCAGAGCUUGGACCUUCAAUUCAACCAAAUGAAAAACAAACUGAACCAGGAACUGCAACAAGCCAAAAACAGUAACGAUGCGACACAGUCUGAGAUUGAUAAAGUAUCAGUACACAGGCGGAAACUGGAAGAAGAACUGGAUGAAAUUAAACUGAAACUCUGUUGCACAGAGCAGUUGUUGCAGGCAAAUCAGAUAAAAGAAAAUGAUCUAAAGAAGAAGCUCGAGGAUAUUAUGAAGGAAAGAAACGGGCUACGCAGCCAGUUCGACCAGAGUUCCAUUCGGGUACUCCAACUAGAUGAUGAACUAAAAAAGAGCAAACACGAUUUGAACAUUUGCCGGAGUUAUGGAGAGGAAAUGAAAGAUAAGACCAAUGCCCAGGAAGCUGAGCUAAAAGCUCUUCGGGAGAAACUAGAUGAACAGAGCCGGUCAAUAUCUAUAAAUAUUGACAACCUUAACCAAACUGUGUCUGCGUUGAAACUGGAACGAGACUCUGUUCUGAAAACUCUGAAAGAAAGCGAGAAAAGUAAAGAACAACUGAAUGUUCAAAUCGGAGCAAAGGAAACCAAAAUGGAAGAACUGCAAAAAGCUUUGCAUUUGAAGGAGGAGGAGUUUCAGGAACUAAAGGAGGAAUAUGACUCUCUGGGUGAAUGGAAGACAGAAAAUGUAUGUUUUGUGGAUAAUUUUAAACAAGAAAAGCAGGGGCUCGUUAACAAAAUUGAAGAGCUGGAGCAGAAUCUUUACGUUUCUCAGAGGAAAAGUAAGGAACUGGAGCAGACUAUAGAGGUUGAUCAGAACAUACGUAAAGAGCAGUCUGUCAAGCAAAAGCUACUUGAAGAUGAGAGAGAGAAUUUGCAAAGGCAGACUGAUGAUCUAAAUAAUUUGCUAAACAGCAAAGCAGUUGAGUUGGAAACCCAAAAGCAGGCCCUUGAAGAAUUAACAAAGAGAACAGUCCAAGAGGAACAAAAACAUAGUAAAGAUGUAGAAAACCUGAGAUUGAACAUCUCACAACUUACAUCACUGAUAGUUGAGCUGGAGAAAAACCUUCAGCACCAAACCAAGGAAGUUGAGACAUUAGAAGAGUCUCGAGAGGCAUUGAUUGCUGAAUAUGAAGAUGCAAAUAACUUGGCGAAAUCAAAAGAUUCCUUAAUUGAACUGAAAGAGACUGAAAUUUUAAAUUUACGAGACAGUUUUUCACAGACAAUCCAUAAUCUUGAACAGCGUCUCACGAAUGUUGAGGCAGAGAAGGCAAGUUUGAUAGAUGAGCAUGAAAGUAAUUCUCUUGAGAAAGCUGAUGAGGUUGAAAGUUUAAAAUUAUUGCUGGAAAAGUAUCAACACAACACUUCCUUUUUAAAAGAUCAGAUUGUCUCAUUAGAAUCCUCUUUGAAGCUUCAGAAGCAUCUUGGCUCCCAGCUGCAGAACCAGUGCGAAGCACUGUUGAAACUCAAAGGAGAAUUGGACGAAAAGGUAAAGGAGGCAGAAAUAAAGCAAGCUGAAAUGAACCAGGAAAUCAAGCAACUAGACUUGGCUUGCUCUGCACAGCAGCAACACGCUGAAGCAUUGGAAGCAACUUUCAACGAUAAAGAUAAAUCCAUUCAAAAGUUUGCAGAAGAGCUUGAGAUAAAGAUAAGUGAUUCAAAAUGCUUACAGGAAACUAUAGAAGAGCUGGAAAUAAAGCUGGAAGAAGCUCAUCUUCAGUCUGAGAAGUUCAAUGAAGAAAAAGUAGAGUUAAUUCACCUAAAGGUAAAAGAACUUGAAAAGGUUUUGGAGGAAAGUCAGAAAUUGAAAGACACUAUUAAUAUUUUGACACGGAAAAAUAUGGAAUUAAAUGAAAAAAAUUCUAGUUUUGAAGAUGCAAUGAAAGUAAACGAAGCAAAAUUGCUGGAACUCACUACAAAGCACGAAGAGACUAAGGUGACAGAGAAUCUACUUAAGGAGCUUAAAAAACGAUGUGUAGCAUUGGAUCAGCAAAAAUCCGAGGUGGAAGAAAAAAAUAAAAUGUUGGAAAACACAGCAGAACUUAAAGACAAUGAAAUCAAGCAAUUGUUAGAAAAGAUGAGUGAGGUUGAAGCCAAAGAACAUGGAUUACUAGAACAAUAUACCGAGUGUGAAGGAGAAGUAAGAGGCCUCCGACAAAAAUGUAGUGCUUUGGAAGAAAACAAAGAUUCCUUAGAAGUACAGGUGUGUGAGCAAUCAAAGGAAUUGUUGAAUAAAAAUGUGGAGAUGGAAGAACUGGAAAGCAAAUAUCAGAAGGAUUGUGCCGAAUAUACUGCCAACAUUUCAGCCUAUGACGAAAAGAUCAAAGGAAUGAUUGAGAAAUUAGAGAACUUGCAGUCAGAUAUAAAGAAUACAGAGGCAAUUAAUUUAGAGGAGAAAAGUAAAGUAAAUGACAUGAAAAAGGAACUUAAUACAUCCAAUGCGGCAAAAAGUAAAUUGCAAGAAGAUUACAAUAAACUGUUCCAGGAAAAAAAGCACCUAGAACAUUUGGUAACAGAACAAGUAAAUGAACUGAAGGGUUUAAGAGCAGCACAAACUGAGAAUGAAAUUGCUUUUACAGCUAAAAUGAAAAGACUCGAAUAUGACUUGAACAUAGCUCAUUCUGAAGAUGUAAAAAGCAGUGAGUUAAUUGCGGAGAAGAAUCUUUCUUUAAACCGAUUGAACAGUGUAAUUGAAGAAAAAGAAACCGAACUUCAGAAACGUCAAGUCCAACUUCAGCUUCUACAGAUGGACUUAGAGGAGCUAGAGGGUUCUUUAGAAUCUCAUGGUUUGCAAACAGAAAAAAUGCAAGCUGAUUUAAAUAAUAUUCAGAACAAAUGUCAGUGCAGUGAGGAGCAAAGAGCUCUUUUACAGAAAGACUUGAGUGCAGUUCAAGCAGAGAUGGAAGCCAUGUGUUUGAAAUUUAGUGCAAGUGUGAACAGAGAAGAAUCUUUGGUGGACCAGAUAGCUGUACAAGAGCAAGCUAUUGAGAAACUGAGGAGUGAUCUUGAAAAAAGAAAAGAGCAGGAGUUCGUUCUUGUGCGUUCGUUGGAAAAUUUGCAACAUCAAUGCAAUGAAAGCCAGACAAAAUAUAAACUGAAAGCAGAGGAGGAAUGCCUGAAAGUUGCAGAAAUACUAGAGCUUAAGGAUAAGUUGUUUCUGUGUCAGUCUGAGCUCAGUAAUUCAAUAACUCGAAACAGUGAUUUGGAAUCUAAAUUGGACUCUGUCCAGCAGGAGUCAAAGUACAGAUGCACAGCUUUGAACAACAUGGAGACAACAAUUCAACAAGGGGAAGAGCAAAGAGAACUUUUGCAGAAAAAUCUGAGUGAAGUACAUUCGGAGCUCGAAGGUAUGCACUUGAAGUUUAGUGAAAACAAGAAUCACAAAGAAUCUUUAAUGAAACAAGUAGCUCUACAAAGCCUAACCAUUGAAGAUCUGAAGAGUGAACUUAAAGAAAGCAAAGAGCAGGAAGUCGUUCUCCUUAGUUCGUUGGAAAAUACGCAAAGUCAGUUCACUGAAAGCCAAAUCAAAGCAGAAGAGGAACAUCAGCUGAGGGAAAAGGAAAUACUAGAACUCAAUCAAUUAAAGGAAAGAAAUGCAACACUGGUGACAGAAAUUGAAGCCACGCAAAGUAAGCUGGACAUGAUAAAGCUUGAAAAGUUGGAAUUAGUCAAAUUGCUGGAGUCCUCUAUGUUGCAAAAAGGUGAAGUUGAGGCAAAGCUAAACUCCACUCGGGCAGAACUUGACUCUCUGAAACAACAAUAUUCAUCUGAAAUUGAGGAAUGGCAGCUGAAGUUAUCCAAUCUAACAACUGAGAUGGAAUGCAAGUUAGCGGUGGAAAAGCAACAGACCCAACUGCUAUUGAAAGGGCUGGAGAGUGCAAGGAUUCAGCUCCAUUCCCUCAACCUCUGCUCUCAGUCAUUGUGUGACAGUGAUCUUGAUGCAGAUGACACACCACAAAAGCAACCAGAUUCAAAGGAGCAGAGGCAACAAAGAGAAUUAACCAGGAUUUCGGGUCAAUUGCAAUUUAACUGCAACAUUCUGUCCCCUGAAAGCAAAGUAUACCACCGCCGAAAAUCUAAUUUGCAGACUUGUAUAGCAAUAGAAGAAACUCCUGUGUUUUGCAAUGAUUCUACCAUAAGUCUUGACCAAGAGAUUGACAGAACAAGCAACAAUCUUAAAGUUGAAUUAGAAGAAAGUCACUGGGAACAAAAAUGCACAAUUGAUCAAAUACAGUUUGAUAGUCACGAGAGCCUUUGUGACCAAGUGGAACAUUCACCAACCCAAGUUGGUGAUGUUUCUCAAACGCAGUUUGAGCAAGAAUCUGGUAAAAUGGUCAACGAGAUGCUCAGUGAAAUAGAGAGUUUCCGUUCAAGUUUGGAUACUCAACAAAAACAACUGGUCUCCAGAACUACUGCUUGCAACGAAUUAGAAAAGAAGGUAAUGCUGUUAGAAGAGGAGAAACACUGUUUAUGUAAUGAACUGAAUUCAUCUGUUGUUGAAAAUCAGAAUCUUUCUGAGAAAAUAAAAGAUUUGGAGGACGAACUCAGCAAUAAUACACUACAGCAGCAGGUGGACAAGGUUAAAUUGUCUGAUGUGACCAAGAUGUUGGAGAGCCUGGAGAUGGCCAAAGAAAGCUGGAACGAAAAAGUCCUUGAACUUGAAAAUGCAUUGAAACGAGCAAAGUCAGAUAAAGCUAAUUUAGAAAAACAUAUCCUCGAGAUGGAAGUUGAUCUUGAUAAAAUGCAGAUCAGGAAGGAUACUUUGGAAAAAGAAGUGGAAUCCAAUCAAAAGAUCACCACAGACCAGGAGGAAAUACUGACUGACCUCAAAACAAAGAACACAAGGAUUAGUUGGGAGCUUAACACCUUAGCUGAAGUAAAUGAUGAACUGGAGAAAACUAAUCAAAGCCUAAAAGUUAAAGUGCAAGAGCUCGAAGCAGAUAAAAUCUAUUCUACUAACACAAAUAGGGUGCUCGAAGCAGAUACAAAAAAACUAACUGAGCAGCUUCAAAGUGCUACUGAACAAAUGGAGAAGAUUUCAAGAGAAAAGAAAGACUUGAUGCACCAAUUGCAAAAUCUUGAGGAGAAUACCAUGUCAGACACAACCCGAAACAAGGAGCAACUGAAGCAAUUAACGGAAGGGAAUGCAACACUAGUGACAGAAAUUGAAGCUGUGCAAAGUAAGCUGGACAUGAUAAAGCUUGAAAAGUUGGAAUUAGUCAAAUUGCUGGAGUCCUCUAUGCUGGAGAAAGGUGAAAUUGCAACAAGGCUAAACUCCACUCAGGCCGAAGUAGCUGAAAUGCGGCACGCCAUUGAGAAACUUAAGGUACGAAUUGAAGCAGAUCAGAAAAAAAGCCAAUUUGUAGCUGAAAAACUCAAAGCAAGUGACCGAAAAGCAGACUCACUUCAAGACAGGAUUGAGACACUUGAACGGGAGCUUCAGGUUGCUGAGGAGAAUCUUGAGGAUAUGGUGUUGCAAGCUGAAACUGCCAAGGAGCAGUCAGAGGUAUUAGAAGAGGAAAAUAAAACCAUCACUGAAAAGCUAGCUACAUUAAGCAUGGAACUCAAUACCAUCUCUUCUGAAAAAGAAGAUCUGAAAAAGCAACUGCAGCAAAACCAGGAAAAGUUGGAGGAAUUAGAAAUUCAUUUUUCAGAAACAGAUGAAAUUGAAAGAAACAAAAUGGCAAAAACGUAUGAAAAUUCUGUCGGUGAGUUACAGUCAAAAAUCAGCCAUUUAAACAAGCAGAUUGAUGUUUGCAAUGGAGAGCUGGAAAAGCUAAGAGUAAAAGAAGAAGACUGGCUUGAUCACACUUCUUGUUUGGAACGUGAAAAGGCUCAACUCAUUCAACAGCUUCAAGAAGCUGAAAGGUUAAAUGAGGAAUUGCGAUCUGUGGACAUGACCCUAAAUAAAGAUCUUAAAGUAGUUCAACAGCAACUGGGUGAACACAUACAAGAAAAGGGCAGGCUUCAACAACAGGUCAUAGAUCUGGAACAGUGGAAGCAGGAAGUCUCAAAGGAGAUGUCUAAUCUGCAGGAUGAAAAGGCGAACUUUGACGAGAAGAAAAACAACCUGCAGGUAGCUCUAACUGAAGCCCAGCAAAGCAAACAAGAUCUGGCGGCAAAGAAUGAAAUAAUACAAGUCACAUUAGAAACUUUGGAAAAUUCUGAGAAGCGACUAAAAAAUGAGCUAGAGAUUGCAAGAUCCCAAAGUUCUGCUCUUCAAAAUCAGGUAGCUGAAUUCAGAGAAAGUUAUAAUAAACUGGAGAAUGAUUUGAGCAAAGCCAAUGAAAAGAUUGUGAAGGUACAUCAAGAAUUUGAUGAGGAAAAAAAAGUGAUUUCAACACAACUAGAAGACGCCAAACGUCAGGUAGACAGCUUUAAGUUGCAGAUUGAAAUCUUCCAGUCAGAAAAAAUAAAUUUUGAAAAGGAAAUUGGAUGCCUUCAGACUGAGUUGAAAACCACUGAAAAGCUGAGGAAGGAAGUGGAAGAGCAUAAAUGGAGACUACAACACAUCCAAGAAGAGCACCAAACCGUGCUCAAAGAAUGCCAGGAUCAGCAUGAAUCUGGUGCUCAGUCAUACCAGCAAAAAAUUACUGGAAUGGAGCAACAGCUUGCUGCACAAGAUGUGGAAAUCAGCAAUUUGAAGUUGACAAAAGAAGAAUUAAAUACCGCUUUAAAAGAAGCUUCCUGCAAGUUGAAACAAUUCAGUGAGACAAAGGUGGAUGAAUUGCAAAGCACCAUGGCAAAGCUAAAAAAAGACAAAGCUUCUGCUCAGAAUAAAUUGUUUCUGUGGAUGAGAAACUGUAAACAACUUGAGCAAGAGAAAGAAUCCCUGAAAAAAUACACUGAGCAGCAAGAUGAGCUCAUUACCAAGCUACAGAAGAGUCCAAAGCAGGGUUCUGAUUCGCUGGUCGAUGACCUAAGAACCGAGCUAAAGGAGCUCAGAGAGUCCUUGGAGGAAAAAACAAACGAAGCUGAUGAAAAUAUAGAGAAAUACUGGAAUCUAAUCAAAAACAGUCACACACUAGAGGAGGAAAAUGAAAUGUUAAAGAAUCGAGUUGAGAUGUUAGGCAGUCAUUUACAACAGUCCAGUUCCCAAAGUCUGAGCAACAAUGCAGAACAAAAUGUACUUCCUCCAUCAAAAUCAACUGUGUGUAAAAGCAAUGAAAAUAAACUACCUGGUCAAUCUAGUCGUCAGUUGAAACAACAGCUGAAGUCUCUGGAUGACAGUUGUGUUGCUUCUGAAGAGGGUUUGAGCAAAAGCCAGGAAAAAUCUCCCACUGGUCAACCGAGACAUCCCAUAAAGAGGAACAGAGGAGCUGAAUCCAAGAAGGAGACUGACGAGCAGAAACCAGGAACUUGGUCAAAGAGAACAAGAAGUGGGAACACUCCAGGGGCUUCAAAAUCAGCUGCACGCAGUGACCACGUACAUCAACCAGAGGCCCUUCCAGGUGUGAUUAAGAAAGGUUCUGGAGAUUUUCCUUCUGUGUCACCGAGUCCCUACGUAUUGCGCAGGACAACAGUGCUCAACAGGGCUUGUUCCCAAAUAACUCCCCAGAGCCAACUGCAACAUAAACAAGUUGUGCAAACUUCUGCUAUGAAAGUGAAGACAACAGCAGAGGGCAGAAGCGUAAAAGUGCAGCAUCAAGCUGAAGCUACAUGUUCAUCUUCUGCAUCAAUUCCAGUAACUACAGCUGAUUCACCGCUAUUGUCCUUAGCAAAUAGCACUAGGAAGAGCAGCUUUGAUAUUAUUGGAGGAAAGCGGGAACCAAAAGGUAGACGGUCAAUGAGUACAAAGAAAUCUCCAGAACAAAAACUGCAGCAGAGACAGGUUGCAAUGUCUCAAGAAGAUGAGAACUGCAAAGUACAGUGAUACAAUGAUAUAAAUCAUUUAGUACAGACCUUGCAAUAGAUGUCUAAGGUUCUUUAUUUCUGUGUAUUUAGUUACUUCAGGUUGCAGUAUAACAUUGUUCUACUUAUGCUAUAAAAACUUGUAUUCUAUCACUUUUGUAUUCUUUACUAAAAUAG